UAUCCUGCUAUUUUUAACCUACCCUCCCCACCUCCCCGGAAAGUGGCUGCCAUAAUUUCCUUGUCCAAGCCUUCUCUGUUCUCUUCCUGGACGUCCAUGGAGCUGGCUGACUCAGAUCUCCUGGACAUCAGCACUAAGGUGCAGCUGCAUGGGGUGCUGUGGAAAAGACCCUUUGGACGCCCAUCUGCCAAGUGGUCUCGAAGAUUCUUCAUCAUCAAAGACAGCUUCCUGCUUUAUUAUGCUGAGAGUGAAAAAAGAAACUUUGAGACUAACAGGUACUUCAACAUCCAUCCAAAGGGAGUUAUUCCUUUGGGUGGCUGUGUGGUGGAGUCAAAGGGCGAUCAGGGCAUGCCCUUUGCCAUGGUUAUCAGCCACAACGAUUUCACUGGGGACAUAGUCUUAGCAGCAGAGUCGGUGCUGGAGCAGAGCCAAUGGCUGCAAAUGUUACAGGAGUCAGGAAAUGUCACAUGGAAGAAUGCUCAGCUGGGAGAGGCGAUGAUUGAGAGCCUGGAGGCUCAGGGAUUGCAGCUGGCCAAAGAGAAACAGGAGUAUCUGGAUAAACUAAUGGAGGAGACUGAAGAACUGAGUUUACAGAAGGAACAGAAGGCGGAGCUGGAGCGUCUGAACCAGGUGCUGGAGGAGGAGAGGCAGAAAUUCGAGGAGGUGGUGAUGGAGCUGAGGGCAGAGCAGGAGCAGAUCCGUUUGGAUCUGGAUGGUACGGCUCAGUGCUUGAAGGUAGUGGAGACUGAGAACGAGGAGCUCCGCGCUCUUACCACUCUGCUGCAGCAGUCUCUUGAGGAACUUUCUAAAGAGAAACAGCGCACUUUGGAGCUGCUCAGAGAGCGAGGGCUGCUAAGCAUGAAUCCGCAGACAUCCACCCAAGCCUCCUCCCAGCCUUCUCCCCCACCCUCCUCCCCAGACUCUCAGCAACCUGGAGCACCAGAGGAACAGCUCCAAGGAAACCUGUGCCUCAUCGAGGAGCGGAUGAGGAGCCUGCUCCAGGAGAAGGAACAGGCGGAAGAGAGGCUGAAGCAGAAUGAGCAGCGAGCCAGGGUGCUGCAGGAUGAGAGAGAGUUCUACUCCUCACAGGCUCGAGUCCUCCAGCAGUCCUACACCCAGCUCACUGCCGACAAGCAGCAGACUGAGGCAGAGCUGAAGGCUGAGAUGGAGUCCCGCACCCAGUUGGAGUGCAGGCUGAAACUGGCCGAGGAGGCAUUGCAGGACCUGGAGCAGGGCCUCAGCUGCACAGAACGGAGCCAAGAGCGGGAUGAGAAACUGAGAGGGGACGUCAGCCACCUCCGCAAUUUUUUCGAGGAGUGUAUCUGUGCUGCGGAGAUUGAUGCAAAACUGCCUGCCAUCAUGAAGAAUGCUGUAUACCUUCAUAAAGCAGCUGCCCGGCGGAUCAAGAGUUGUCGUCUUCAGAGGCAUGCCUCCAGGCAACAUGGCUUGAAACACUCCCAGUCAUUUGUCUGCUCACGUGGUGACACCUCCGGCCUGGAGGACCUGAAAGAGACCGCCCGGCGCCUGACCUCAGACAAGUCCUUUAGACAGCGUGUCUACAACAUCAUUGCCCGUGAGGACAAAGUAAAGCCUGAGGAUUGAGAAUGGGAUGGUGCGUUGCCAGAUGGCUGUAACCCUUUUUUGAAACCCUCUUGUAACACCUAACACCUGAAGAACAGAUCUGGAAUCAGGUGGCAAUACUCCUGUUUAGCAAUCAGCUCUGCCUCAAAACUCCACUGGAGGCUACAUCUUAUGAUCAUGGGACUGAACAGUCUCACAGUAUGAGGCCAACAGUCUGUCUCAAACUUCUGUUCGUGAGUUACCCCAGGAAUGUGUUAUUUACUUUGUUAAAAUGUUAAUGUUUGAGAGUUAGUACAUUCUUUUAUUACUGCUCAAAACAUAUAAAAACAUUUCCUAUACUAUUCUGUAUUAUGGUAUUUGUGUCUAGAGAAACAUGUACUGGGUUAGUAGUUACUGCAUGAACAUAUUUUGGUUCCAUUUAAAUCUAAAUGAAUAUUAACAAUUUAACAUUCGUCUGAUAAUUAAAAAAAAAAGAAAAAGGAAAAAAAAGAUAGUAAUCCUGUAAUCCUGCAACAUUAUCACUCAUGCUGCAAAGCUUCCGCCUCGUUAGAGGGUUGAACACAUUUACUCUCCUGAGCUUCGGCAACAAAAACAGCAAACGUGCAGUGCUAGAUCAAAAAAGCAUAGCACCUCAACAUAUGGACAACUGCCACAGUAUCAGUUCUGCUGUAGCUAAUUACAUGUUGGCCUCAUUUUACAGCACAUUCUAUCUUGGAAUAUUUAUAUUGUGUUUUGCAAACAAUUCCAAGUGUUAAGAGAAUAUGGCACUGAUCUUAAUAAUAAUCAUAUAAUUAUCAUAUAAUCAAAAAAAAAUGUGUUUCCCUUUUUUCCUCAUAAGGUGUUAUUAGAUAUGGAAAUGUUAUUCACAUUUUCACUCUAUAGCUGGACAAAAUACCCUGUAUCACCAUUCUAGAGCAAAACCAGAACAGGAGCAAAUGCACAAUAUGAAAGGAAGAUUUAUUUAAACUGUACACUUUGUUCACCAAGCACCACAAUUUGCUUUCAGCUGGCCAUCCUUUGUGUUGUACCAGAAAUACAGAAAUGAAAUGCAGUGAAAUGUUUCAUGAUAAUGUAGACAAAACUAGGUUGUUUUUUGUUUUUUUUUUUGUUUUGGUUUUUUUUGGGGGGUUUUUUUGCUUGUUAAAAUUAACUGUCAAUGACUUCAGUUGUACCUUAGAAAAUGUAGUCUUUUAAUAGUGAUUGGUUGUUUAAACCAUGCUUAGGUUAGUCACUGCUGUAUAUGGGAUCACAACAUUCCAGUGCAUCCUCUGGUGACUGUGAGGGAUCAUUCAGUAGAGUUCAUCUUCAUCAUUAUCAUCUUUCACACUACUAGAUAAACAUAUGCUCUAAGAAGCAAAUGAAACAUGCACUCAUUAGUAUUUAUCAUUUGCCAAUAUAAAAGAUAAUGAUCAAGAACAAUAAGAAUAUCACUAUUUAACAGUGACAAUCAACAUUUCAGAUGAAUGAAACAAGAAUGUUACUACUUUGCAUUUGCAUUGAAAACUGUUUCGUAACUUAACUCUGUUUAACAGUAACUAACAUCUCCGUCUUGGCUUUGUCUGUUUUGUUAUGCUCAUCACUGGACGUCUGCUGGUUACAUGACCAUUUGACUCAAUGAUCACGUCAUACCUACUACACCCAUUAGGUAGUCAAUUAAAAAGGAACCUUUAAUAUUCUCUAUUACAUUUCACAGAGAAAUAUUAUAUAGAUUUUUCUCAAUCUGACAUACUGACACCUAAAGGUUCAUACUAUAUUAGUAUGAGACGCUUAAGCCAUAGAGCACCUGUAACGUAAAGCAAGAUAGCAGAAUCGCUGCACAUGCUAAUGAG